AACCGUCUUUCCUUUUCUCCACCACCAGGUUUGGUUUCGAUUAUUGUGUAAAUCUAAAUAAAGAAACAAUUAACCCAUAAGCGCCACCGCCGUUUUGAUAACGUAAGUGGCUUAAACUAUCUCGAAAAUGCAACACAAGGGGCCUGGGGCUGUGGUCGUGCACGGUGGGGUAUUCGUUAUUCACUAAUGAUAUGGAUAAGUUGUUAGACGAGGAGAUGCUUGAAGCGUUUUCCCCGACCUUAUUCCUCAUGUGUGUGGGUUAGUGUGCUUCUUGAAGUUCAAGCGGGAAUGAUGUUCCCCAAAGGCAUAAGAGUUACUCGUCUCUUCAUUAAAUGUCAAUAUAAUACCAGUUACAUAGUCUAUAUCUAAGAAUACACAUUAUCUUGCACAGAUUCAAGUGAUGCCAUGGUCAGGAAAUUUUAUGGCAUUAACCGAUUGAUCUCAAUAAGAUCUGCCCUCUCUUGGCUCCUUUAAGAACUACUAUAUUAACUAGAAAUUGAUUGGUUAGUGAUUACUGCAUUCAGUCAACUGCGACAUUGCAUCGGAAGAGUUACAGCCAUUUUCACUUUUACAUAUUCAAAAUAAUGGAAUUUGGAAUCACCUGAAGAUUAACCACCCUAAUACUAACCUAACCCCCAGGUAGCAUUGGGGUGGUUAAUCUCCAGGUGAAAUUCGGUGAGUGUUUAAUAUUCAAGUGUAAAAUAUUAUAAUAUGAUAAACAUAAACCUCUAUCGCGUAUACCAUUUGAAAGUGUAAGUAUUUGUGAUGGCACAGAGGGACGUCGUCAAAUUACUGUAGUCCGCGCAUUAUAUAAUAUCUACUGUAUCCAUCUCUUAAUAAGACUAUUUUUAGGUUAUUUACAACUACCAAGUUUCAUCAGCCUUCGAGUUAUCACGAGGGGGUGGCGGCCCCGCAUCAUGUCAAUGGCAUUGAUAUUAUAGGUUAUCAGUGCUUAUGCAGAGGUUACUUCAGCCCAAGGUAUGUUACCAUGACUAAAGCGUACCAUCACCAGUGGAGGUGUGUGAAGACACAGAGCCCAGGACCGUUGCCAGGCCGAUUUUUUUUAAUGGUUUUCCCGACUGUAUACUCGCUCUAAAAGUAUCUUUACAAUUUUGCAUUAGACAAUAUGACACAACGGACAGAGGGUUUUGACAGCCGUAACGAGACAAAUUUAACUUUGGAACGAGCACAUAUCACGAACAACAACAGCAGCCAAGGUCUUUGCAGCAUAGUAUAGGUCCAGAAUCCACUUAAGAGCCGUUGUUGGGAGCUUUUGAUUCACUAGUGUACAAGAAAUAUUCAUUGUCACAUUGUAAUUCGCGAGGGUUACUACGUUCUUGAAAAUCUUGCGAAUGUAGAAACUUUAGUUCAAAGGGAAAUGGGGUGGGGUUUCUUGGUCCGACUGAUCCAAGGAAUAAUCUUUUUCUUCACUGCGAAGCUCCUCUCCAGUAUAGGGUCAAACUCCAUAAAUGGGUCGAUGUGAGCUCGUCUGAGUUGAAUAGUUUCUGAAAGAACUAUAAGUUGCAGACCCGUCUCGUCUUCAUUGUCGUCAUCAUUGCUUGUUUGGAUAAGCUUCUCUGAGUCCUCUUUGUUUAACUCUUUGGCGUGAGACUCAUUCAGUUCCUUUUGCCUUCAUAUCAUCAAAACCAUCUCCUCCGAAUUUUGACGCGCCAACUGAACUAUAUUUCUGGCUUCAUCAAACAACAAAAGCAAAACCAGAGAAGACCAAAAGAUGUUCAAUACCUCCAGUCACAUCUUCCUCCAGGAGCCAUGUAUGGUGGAUGGUUCAGAUGGGACUACGUAAGGCUACACGGUGGGGAAGGUCUGGCGGGCUUCGACAAGUUCGUCAACAGUGGGGCUCGCGCCACACACGUCAACCCUGUUUUUCCCUCCAAUUCCUUCCCCAACUGGCAUACGAUUGUGACAGGUUUGUAUCCUGAGAGUCACGGGAUUGUUGGCAACUACAUGUACGACUCUGAGGAUGAAGGCAUUUUUUACAUUUUUGACUCACAGAGUACAGGAAACCCGCGCUGGUGGUCCAAAGCCGAACCGCUCUGGAUUACCGCUACUAAGAACCAACGAGAUACUGGCUUGUUGCUCUGGGGAAGAUGCGACUUGCCCUGGUAUGGACACGUGCUGCCCCGCCACUGUCUCCCAUUCAACUACGAUCCUUCGGCCAACACAACCCGCUUCCAUCACCACCUCCGUCAGGCUGUCAACAUGACCCACCAGGAUGGCUACAACCUCGUCAUGGUAUACGAGGGGGCGGUGGAUACCCUGGGGCACACUUAUGGCCCCAGGUCACCCCAGGUCGCUGCCGCUGUCAGGGAGGUGGACCUGGGACUGCAGAACCUGUGGAACCUGGAAGCUAGAGGAAUCAUGGACACGACGAACGUGGUGGUGGUGAGUGAUCAUGGGAUGGCAGACAUGGGAGUCAAGGAUGUUGAGGUGGUUGAGUUGGGGCCGUGUCUUCAGCAGCAGGAGGUGGAGUAUGUGGUCGAGUCUGGCAGCUACGUUAACAUCCGCCCCUUCCCUGGUUGUACACAACAGGUUGCUGAGAGCGUGAGGAGGUGUCCGGGGGUUGGGGAGAAGGUAGUGGUGUAUACGAAGGAGACUCUUCCAGAGAGGUACCACUACAAGGCCAACAGACUCAUCUAUCAGGUCACCGUCAUAGCUGAACCAGGGUAUUUUAUCAACGUGGAAUGGGAGGGCAGGAUCUUGGCGAGUGACAAGAUGUACAAAGGUUAUCACGGCUUCGAUAACACCCACAACAAAGACCUGACAUGAGGGGCGUCCUGUACACUAUAGGACCAGAUUUCGCAUCUGGAGUGGAGGUUGGUAGUCUGGAGCAGGUGGACGUAUACGGGUUGUUGUGUCGCGCCCUCACCUCCCUGCCACCCUAACAACGGCACCAUGGCACACAUCGACUCCUUCUUCGUCUCUUCGUCCUUUUACCUGCAGCUCGGAAAAAGGCUAUAACGUGGUCUUCCAUCGUAAUUAGCCUCCUGGUGUUCUUCUCCACCUUUGCCGUCUUCCACUAUUCAAAAGUCUUCAGAAGGACAUGAUAAGAGGCACCAGCGUAUUUCAUCUACACUGGAAUCCAUAAAGACUUAGUUUAUAUCAGAAAUAUGGACUUCUCUGUGUUUAGUGAUCCCCAACUGGAGGUGAGAGGAGGCACCCAAUGACCUCACUUAAUCCAUGACACAAACUAUAAAAAACAAAACAAAUAAUCGGUCUUACUCUAAUUACAAAGAUCAAUGUAGAGGUCUUUAAGCAUGUGUUACUGUACUCAUUCUCACUUGAACCUACAGUUUAUC